GUCAGUCUCGAGACUGGCGCCCAGUUGGUGACGUGGACGGAAACGUCUGCUUGCAGUCACAUUUUUUCCCAGUUCAUCAGGCGACUCUGGUCAUGUGGCGGAUAAUUCACAAAGUGUCGCCUUGAUCCUUAACCUGUGCUUGCCAUCACCGACAUAGACGAGAAGGCCAUGGGUGUGACUGGAAAGAAAGCUAGAAAAAGAGGAUCUAGAGAAGAGCUUGCCAUCAUUGAAUUCAAAGAGGUGACGACACCCGGCAGGAGGCCUCGCGAAUGUCCGAGAACGUGCGCAGUGAAUACUCCCUUGGUACUGGAGUGUGAAGACGCUUACAACAUGGAUGUGGUGCAGCUCGCCGCCUGCUUAAAGCAUCUCAAGAACAUUUUGAUUGUAGACCUCGACUUUGAGGAAGACAUGUGUAGUUGUAUUUUGCUGGACUUCGUUCGCGAGCUUGCGGAGUCCGAGGUUGUGAUUAUCACAUCAGAAAAUUGUGGUCUUAAUCUCAUAACUUCUUGUGAUAUCUACUUGCCUGACGAUGUGCUGGACAUGAGAGACCCCGACGUAGUUGCUGGUUUGGUGAUAGACCAGCAGGAUCCCAACAUGCGUCGGGUGGUGGAGGAGCACAUAUACCGAAUGUGGCAUCGUGUGAACAGUCUGGAAGCGGGAGACAUUAAGGAUGACUAUCGCACAGUCCUUCAGGAUGCGACUAAGCUUUCUGGUUGGCAGAGUCAACUGAUGUUAGCAGACGAGUUUGAGGUGCCCAACUAUGACCGCAUCCUCCCUUUCAUGAAAUUCACCAAAGGAAUAAAGUCUCCGUUGUUCGAUAACAGUGGCUGGUACGAUAUACACGACAAAAAGAUUGAUGCCAAAAAGUAUAAAGUUUUAGGUGACCUUUUGGAACGGGUGGCGUGGACUGCACUUACCACUCCUAAGAGCAUCCCUGUUGCUGUCAGUACUGAGGCUCCGAUUAUUACCAGGACUGAGAUCCCCAAAACUGUGGCUGCUUCUCCGAUACCUGAGCCAGUAGUUGCAAGUCCACGUAACACAGACCUCAGAAUGCAAGUCGCGCUCGACACUGGACAGAAUACGGACAAAAUCGCACCCAUGCCCACAACACAGACUUACCAGUCGAGCGCCAACCUUCUCGCCAUCUUGGGAGCGGCUUUCUUCGCAGUUGCUGCUGUCAUGGCCUGCGUCCUUAUUUGGACGUGCAGGAAAUCGCGGUCAAAAGCAGUGCCGGGUUUGGAGUAUGGACUACCUCGCAGGAGUUCAAAAGCUGACGAAUUUCUUCGCAAGCUUUCGACUCAUCGACAGCGACAAGUGUACUCAACCAGUCAUCCGAACAUAAGGCUGGAGGAUGAAACCCUAAGGCUGCUCGAAGGGCUGGCGAACAGACAAGAGUCAGGCUCAGUGCCGGGCAGGAUAGUCACAAGUCGAGUGCAGUUGGACAAUGCGGAUCAGAGAAGCUUGCACGAUAUGUGGUUACAGCAAGAUCUAGCCAAAAGAUCGUCUUUGACUCAAAACAGGCCCAGAACAAUGGCCGAAAUACAGGAGCAGGUACGUAGGGAUAUAGAGGAAGGGAAUCGUCCAAGAGGCUUAUCCCAGCAGGCAGAACUGUACAUGCCCUCCACCAGUAGAUCCUCCGACUGGCCCAGCGAUCACCGUGCAGACCCCAUGGUGGCCAUGGCUCAGAGUGAGAGAGUGGCCGAGGCGGAGAUGCGCAGGACUAGUUCGCGGGUACGACCUGAACCGAACCGCGACUGGAGGACGGGCAGCCAGAUCCUACCCGUACCCAGCGAACCGAACCUCGACUGGAGGACGGGCGGCCAGGUCCAACAAGUACGCAGCGAACCCAAAGUCAUCUCAUCCAUGUCGGGACCGUCUAGCCAGUAUUAUACUGCCAGCAUGGGUAACAGUGCUACCGACCCUGUCAGUCGUAGUUCUGCAUCUCAGGAAGUGGAACUUGAGCCCUCUGAGCCUUGGCUGGUGGACCCAACCACGGCGUGGGUGGAAUAUAGCACUCGGCCAGAACCGGAGUAUGCUCACUCAUUAGUACUGGAUGAUCAGCCGGACAUCCCCAAAGUCCAGCUCAUUUUAGAAGAGCAGGAAGAGCUGAAAGAAGAACCGUUUGGAUCACACUUUAAGAGACGUCGAAGUUCAGUUGUCUCACGGUUAGAAUCGAUUCCCAUAGAUGUCGAAAAAGAAAGAGAUUCAGACUCCACCAAAACGUCUACCUCGGAGCAAACAUCAGGAGCAGACGCCUCGGAAGGUCCGCAGCAAUCAGCAGGAGCAGACGCAUCGGAAGAGAAGGCAGAAAAGGGAGACAAAAAGAAAGAUAAGAAAGAUAAGAAAGAUAAAACAGAUAAGAAAAAGAAAGAUAAGGAGAAGGGGGACAAGAAAGACAAAGGUGAUGAAGGAGAUACAGGGGAUAAGAAAGAAGGCAAGGAGGAUAAGAAAAAAGACAAGAAGGAUAAGAAAGAAGGCAAGGAGGAUAAGAAAAAAGACAAGAAGGAUAAGAAAGAAGGCAAGGAGGAUAAGAAAGAAGACAAGGGGGAUAAGAAAAAAGACAAGAAGGAUAAGAAAGAAGACAAGGGGGAUAAGAAAGAAGGCAAUGAGGAUAAGAAAGAAGACAAGGGGGAUAAGAAAAAAGACAAGAAGGAUAAGAAAGAAGACAAGGGGGAUAAGAAAAAAGACAAGAAGGAUAAGAAAGAAGACAAGGGGGGUAAGAAAGAAGACAAGGGGGGUAAGAAAGAAGACAAGAAGGAUAAGAAAGAAGACAAGGGGGGUAAGAAAGAAGACAAGGGGGGUAAAGGAGGUAAAAAGGACGCUAAAGCAGACAAAAAGAAGAAAAAGCGUAAAUCAAACACAAAUCAGAGCGCCUAUGAAUAUGAAAACGACAACCAGAGUGCUUUACCAGGGAAACAAGAUUUUCAGAGUUUCUUCAAACCUGAGAAUGAAAUACAGACUAACCUGAAAGCUGAAGGCUUGGUCUAUACUACUGAAGGCGAAAGCCAGAUCACUAAGGAAAAUGAAAAUGAAAGCCAGAAUACUUUAGAACCUGAUGGUGAAUGCCAGACUACUUUAGAAAUUAUAGAUGAAAGCCUGGCUACUUUACAAACUGAAGAUCAAAGCCGAAUUACUAUGGAAAAUGAGGACAAAAGACAGAUGACUUUGAUCACUGAAGGAGAAAACCAAACUACUUCAGAGAUCGAAGACCAAGACCAGACUACUUUCGAGACUGAAGAGGAAAGCCAGACUACCUUGGAAACAGAAGACGAAGGCCAGAUGACUUUGAACACUGAAGGAGAAAACCAGACCACUUCAGAGACCGAAGACCAAGACCAGACUUCUUCCGAGACUGAAGAUGAAAGCCAGACUACAUUAGAAACUGAAGACGAAAGCCAGGCUUCCUUAGAAACUGAAGAUGAAAGCCAGGCUUCCUUAGAAACUGAAGAUGAAAGCCAGGCUUCCUUAGAAACUGAAGAUGAAAGCCAGGCUUCCUUAGAAACUGAAGAUGAAAGCCAGGCUUCUUUAGAAACUGAAGAUGACAGCCAGGCUACUUUAGAAACAGAAGAUGAAAGCCAGGCUUCCUUAGAAACUGAAGAUGAAAGCCAGGCUUCCUUAGAAACUGAAGAUGAAAGCCAGGCUUCCUUAGAAACUGAAGAUGAAAGCCAGGCUUCCUUAGAAACUGAAGAUGAAAGCCAGGCUACCGUAGAAACUGAAGAUGAAAGCCAGACUACUUCAGACUCUGAAGAUGAAAGCCAGACUGCUUCAGAAUCUGAAUAUGAAAGCCUGAGAACUUCAGUUACUGAAGAUAAAAGCAAGUAUACUUUGGAAACUGAAGAUGAUUACAAUACCAUUUCAGAUACUGAAGAUGAAAGCCAGAAUACUUUGCAAACUGAAGAUGAAAGCCAGACUACCUUGGAAACAGAAAACGAAAGCCAGUCUACUGUUGAAACGGAAGAUGAAAGCCAGACUGCUUUAGAAACUGAUGAUGAAAGCCAGACUACUUUAGAGACUGAAGAUGAAAGUCAGACUGUCUUGGAAACGGAAGAUGAAAGCCAGAAUUCGUUGGAAACGAUAGAUGAAUACCAGAGUAAUUAUGAAACAGACUACCAAACCCAGAGUACCCCUGAGAGUAAAUAUCAAACCCAGAGUACCUAUGAAAGCGAAGAACAAAGUCGGAAUGUCAUUAAAAGAAACUGCCAGACUAAAAAUAAGUAUGAAAGCAAAAAGCAGACCCAAAGAACGUAUAAAAUCAAACACAAGACCAGUUGCAAUGAAACUGAAAACGAAUCUUACAUUGCUUGUGACACAGAAAAUGUAACCCAAAGUACCUAUAGAACUGCUGAGGAAUCAAAGCUUGAAAAAAGCACUGAAUGUGCUGAAACCUAUACAUCCAUGACAACAGAGAUGUCAGUAAUUCCAGAAGAUACGUCCAUUGUAAAGUGCUCUUACACAGAGGACAUAAAACAUUGUCGUCCUUAUUUCGAAGCUAAGAAAGUAAGGGCAUCAGCUUCCGGUCCACCAGAAUUGCAGAUGUAUCGGGAAAAGUGCAAACUGAGGUUGUGCUCUAAAUCUCUUUCUCCAACAGAUUCACGACAGGACGUAGCUCGUGUUCACAGGCAGGUCAAGUCUGAUUCCUUCCACAGCGACAAGAAAAAACGUCGAAGAAUUUCUAUGACGAAGGUUGAGGCCAACUUCGAGCAGCUAUUUCAUGUUUUCGACAAUAACACAUGUAGUCGAAAUCUGCAAGAAAGCAGCAGCCUGUUUGCCAAAGAUGUGGUAUUUGACAGCAUCCAAAACAAAAUAACCCAAUACUUCAAGGCGACGUCUGCAUUCCUGCCAAAGCCCACGUUGCGGUCGAGGACAGAGCCAUUGGUAGACAUAAACCAAAUGUUUACAAACACGGAUUCAAUGGACAACCAUAAGGCUGACCUUACGGCGACUCCUUGCAUUCAGGAACUCAAUCAACAUCAAGGGAGUGAUGUGCCUGGAGUUCUUGUCGACGGGCCCAGUGUGAAAAAGGAAAUAAAGAGACCAGUUCCCAAGCCUCGCACGUUAUUCGCUCCAUUGCAGGUAAAAGCUAAACCUGCUGAAACUUUGGCUGAAGCUAAGGACAGUGAGAAUGAUGGAAAGAUCGCAACGAAAGGCGUAGAUUUGGAACAGAUGCUUGAAGACGGGAAGAAAGAAGAGGGCAGUGCCACUCUCACAAGGAAAGAAAUAGAAACCCAAGAGCCCACCGCUGACUUUUACACCUUACCGAGCUCUGAAGCUCUCGAUUUAUCGAGGUUUUCAUCUUCAAGUCGUCAACGACCCACUGCGGCAAACAGAACCAAGCGUGGCUGGGAUGCGGCACCGGUGGCCGAGACAUGGACUUUACAGAAACAAGUGUCCCCUUACUUGUACUCAAGCAGAGACAGGCAGCCUAGUCAUGGCUACAUCCCUAGCAGUUCUACAAACAACCUAAACUCCAUGACCAGUAGCUCCAGAUAUGACAGCGAUACCAACUUGGUUUGCUGUGACUCGUCCUCCACUCUCGAAUGCUGUGAAGUGACCUACGACACCCACAGCUGUUCAUCGUCUGACCACUUGGAUAAGAUGGACAGCAAAAUCUUCACCGUUCACUUCACCGUCUGUCCCACCGUACAUCUGACAGGAAGCACUGGGAGAAGCUGUGAUGCACAAGGCAUAGAUAGAAGCUGCAUCUCGGAAAAAAUACAAGCUUCAGCCAAAGUGAGCAGAAGCUUACGCAAGAUUGAGGCAUCAAGUAGAAGAGAGAGAACUGAUUUGUCCCAGCAACAGACUUCCUUUGUUAAAGAAAGCAGUAAUACCAGCUGUGCUCUGAGCAGGUGGCAGAAGGGUCUGAGUGUUCCACGCCAGGUUUUGCAUUUUGGUGGCCAGGAGCAAAGAGCUGGUUACAAGGAUUCCCAGUCUUCAGCAGCACUGGACACAAAGAAGUGGGUAGAAAGCAGAAGUGACCUAGAGAUGGGCCAGCAUCAAGAUGUUCCAUCUGUCUCAAGCCAGAUUUCUGUAGAUAGCAAGAAAUGGACAUCAUCUACGGUAUGGAGGAGACCACAGGACAGUCCACACCAGCUUGCAAGCCUGUCAUCCACACAUCCAAACCCAGCCAGAUCUUUUGUGUCCUAUGUAAGCAGUCACUGGCCUCCAGAAGCACCACUGACUUUGUCAUAUUCAGAGUGCACCACUGGAGCAUCUUCAGCUCCAAACUCAUUAUCAAACUUUGCACCAGGCCUUUCACUGGAAGACAGCAAAGAAAAGAAGUUGAUCCAUGACAACAAGUCUCAGAGUUUAGAGAGCCCCUGCUCCUUCUCCACUGCUGAAGUCAGAAUGGCAUGUGAAGACACUGUGGACAGAGAUCUGCUCUGCGCGACAUCCCAAUCCUACAGCAGCAUUUUAGAUGAAGUCAACAGUGAGCUGGAGUUCCACAUGGUCCACGGCACUUUCCAAAAUCAGCAAAGAGCUGAAUUUCACUCCUCAGCACAUAGCAUUUGCAGGACCUUUGCUGGAUCUGUUAAUACUUCCCCUAACCAUUCUCAAAACGCUCAAGCCACCCCAUCUGCAAGGACACGGCCAUUUGUUGACAGCACCUUUGAGUACCUGGAUCCACUCAGCUUUAUGCCAUGCACUGCUGUUGUACUCCCAAACACUAGCAGUGACAAGUCUUAAUACUUUGCAAGUCUGAAAUGAACUUCUCUGUCAGAAGACAGUUAUCAGUGAAGGUCUGAUUUGGAAAUGUACAUUACCAUAUAAAAUUGUCAGACGCAAUUUGAUCAAUGACACAACUACAUAUUUUAAAUAAGACGUUCUUGCAAAUACUAUUUUUACAUGGAGAGUGUAAACUUUCCUGCCUGCUAUCUGGGAAACCAUCUUUAUUGAACAAUACCUGUUUCUAAUGAGUGCAGAUGGUAUUCUAGAUCAUAGACUUGACCUAUCUUUGUUGAUCAACUAUGCACUAACACUUGCAUAUAAGACCAACUUAUAAAUUGGACAUAAUGAAUAUCCUUUGUUAUGAGCUUGCUGUUGAUGAACUGGCCCAGUACUUCAAAGGUUUGCUGAUGGCUGAUGUGAUACUGCUCGCACCAACUGGAGGUAGUUCUAAUACCUGUACUUUUUUGAGGUACAAGAACUGUUUUAUGCCCAUUCACCUCUUUGGAAUGUGUGACUUACAGCGACAGGACAUACUGAUUCACAUUUAUUUAGAAUUUUUUAAAAACUAGUUAAGACCAUUUUUAUAAAUUGCUAUUUUAGAGAUAAUUUUUUACCUGUAGUACACCUUUUUGUAUCUACAAAGAAAAAUAAAAGUUACUGCUAAUAGUU